AUGAAGGUCGCGGUUCAAUCACUGCUCGCGGCCUUGGCCGGCACUGCCGUUGCGCAGUUUGGUGGAUGGAAAGAAGGCCAGGUCAACACAUCCAUAUGCACAUGGGAACAACUCCGAGGUGCCUUGGUCCGCGAUAUCAUCUAUCUUGAUGGCGGCGACCUGAACUGGAUACCGGGCAUGAACGAUGGAAAAUUUGGAAAUGUUCUGAACGAUGGCAACUUGAGGGGACCAAUUCUCACUUUCAACCUCAGUCAGUCUUUUACUGCCGACACAAACGUAACGAAGAUUCUCACAGAUAACUACAUCUCCAAGGCGAGGGGCGGUACCGGCAAUGCUCUCGGUGCCGCGCCCAACUUCGUAGAUGGCGGUAUGCUGUACAAUGAUGCCGAGUUUUGGAUGUUUGGCGGCAACCUCUUCCAGAACAAGAGGUUGUACGACAACCCGGACGAGCACUGGGCUCUCGGCUUCCAGGCCUACCAGUACGGCCCGGACAAGUCGCUCUGGGGUCCCGGGUUCGUCGACGCUAAACUUGGCAACGUCAGUCGGUAUAUGACAUAUGGCGGCGCGGUCAGCGCGCCCUCCGAGAACCUGGCCUGGUACUUCCCGGGCAUGACUUCGCCCUCAGAGGGAGAACUCACUACCGUGAUAUACUCAAAUGGAUCUACCACGGCGCAGAACGUCUCUACCUCCAUGGUUACGCUGGAUAUGGCAACGCAGAGCAGCGAGAAGUGGGCCUACAAGACACUACCUACGAGUGUAAAGGGUCGCGCAAAUCCAGAGGUCGUCUGGGUGCCCGUCGGCGAGCAGGGUAUCCUCGUUGUUCUUGGUGGUGUUACCUACCCCGAAUGGGCCGGUGUAACAACUUCACGCAAGUCGGAGAACGAGACCGCGAGUAAAAGCGAAAGCCCCAAGUUCAUGCAGGAGAUCGAUGUCUACGAUAUCAAGAACGACAAGUGGUACAAGCAAUCGACCCAGAAUGGCCCUGGAGCCACCACAAGAGGAUGCGCUGUGGUUGCACCCGCUUCGGACUAUUCCAGCUACAACAUCUACUACUACGGAGGCUACGAUGGUAUCAACCCCAAGCAGCCGUAUUAUGACCAGGUCUGGGUCUUGUCCCUGCCCUCCUUCACUUGGACUAAAGUGAACGAGGGCACCGAUCUGCAUGCCAGAACCGGCCACAAGUGCUUCAAGCCGUAUCCUGACCAGAUGAUGGUCAUUGGAGGCAUCACCUCCCAGGCUGGCAACACCAUCAGCUGCUUAGAUGGAGGGCCAGUUGUCAUGUUCAACCUCACAAGCGCAUCAUGGAUGACCUCGUACGACCCUUCGGUGCAUGGCGAUUAUGGCGUCCCAGACAAGGUGGUCGAAGCCAUUGGAGGAAGUCCAACGGGCGGAGCGACCCUCACAUCUCCGUCUCCGUCGGGCUGGGCCAACAAUGACCUGGGCAAGGUCUUUGGUACCAAUUACGAUAAGAAGAAGAUCAAGACAUACUAUCCUUACGCAGCCGCCGCCACUCAGACGACACGACCGACCCUAAACCCCGACAGCGGCAACAGCAAGGGAGGAUCCGGUCUUCCGUCGUGGGUCGCCCCCGUGCUUGGCGUUGUCCUUGGUCUCAUUUUCCUCACCGGUGUCAUCGUCGUCUUCUGCCUCUACCGCAGACGCAAGCUCCUGAAGAGUGGCUCUUCCGAGAGCGGAACUGAGGAUGCCGGCAACAGAAUCAUCUCGUGGAUGAAGGGCCAGCAUGUCACUGAGAAGGCCGUGACAGUGACGACUUCCGACGACAUUCCGGUUUACAGCACCACAAAGAGCCCUGAGAUGGGAGAGCUGAGGAACAAUGGCCCCCUGCCCCCUCCUCCGCCAUCAGUCUCUGCCAGUGCCACUGUGCCAACUUCGUCGCCAGAGCCUACCCAGUUCUCCGAGAUGGGAGGAAACCCCAUUGCUGAACUAGGUGAUACAUCCCCGCCUGCCGAGCUUGGAGACAACCCCUUGUCUGCAGCCGCCGCCGCAAGAUCCAAUUCGCCGUCGGGCCCCUCCGAGUUGUACAGCUCAUCCCCAAGAUCUUCCGUCGCGGGGUAUGUCGAUGCUCACUCGCGUGCCGAGUCGCCCGAGUCGCCUGCCAUCCCCGUCUCCCCGGAGCAGUUUGGCGACAGGCAGGGCAUGAGAUCAAUCCCCGAAGAACUGGCCAGGUUCGGCCCAGUGGAGAAGGACGAUGACAGGCCGGCCGUUGGCAGGACAGAGUCUGAACAAACACAGCUGUCGCCCAUAUCUCCACCAACAGCCGGUGAUGUGGUCGGGCAGGACUAUAUUUCGGCUCGACCCACCGGCUCUCCGGGCCAGACCAGACCGAGCGUGUUCCGUGAGCACGAGGAGGAUAUGGGAGACAGGCGUUGA